GCAGAGCUCUAGCUGCUCUCCGCAUACUUCUUCUCCUUAGACUAUCAACCUACUAUCCUUUCCUGCUUCACCGGUCGGGUUUUGAAUUUUUACAGUACUGAAUUUCUCUUCCUUUCCCUCAAUACUCGCACGAUACCCGAUAGAACAACCUAUAGAGAAGCACCGCCGCAAUGCGAUUGACCGUCGAACUUAUCCAAAAUUCGCUUUCGUACAUCAACCCGCUAAAGGAUCGCGAACUAGAUCUCCGAGGGCACAGGAUACCCGCGAUUGAGAACUUGGGUAUUGCAAAGGACCAAGAUGCAAUCGACUUCACAGAUAACGACAUCUCUUCCCUUGGAAACUUCCCUUACUUUCCUCGCCUACACACCCUUCUCCUCGCCCGCAAUCGAGUCAAGCACAUCCAGCCUACGCUAGCAACCUCCGUGCCGAACCUGUCCACCCUCAUGUUGACAGCGAAUAAUAUGUCAGAGCUUGCGGACUUGGACCCUCUACGCCACUUAACAAAGUUAACGCAUUUGGUGCUGAUGGAGAACCCUGUUACCAGGAAAGAGCACUACCGUUACUGGGUUAUCUGGAGGAUCCCUAGUGUCCGCUUCUUGGACUACCAGAAGGUGAAAGAUGCCGAGCGCGAAAAAGCCCAGGAACUCUUCGGUACCGCUGAAGAACCAUCUACACUCGCUUCCAAGAUCAUCGGCAUCAAGUCCCGCACAUUCGACGUCCCAUCGGGAGUAGCAGACCGCGCACCCGCAGACAAGGCCGUCCGCGUUAAGUUGACCGAGACUGAGAGGAAACGUGUCGAGAAAUUGAUCCGCGAGGCAAGGAGCUUACAAGAGAUCGCCCGACUAGAGAAGGAAUUGAACGAAGGUCGGAUACCUGGAGGUGCGCUCGAUGCGGCCGAGGACCCCGAUCAAAUGCAGACGUAAUAUAUAUCACAACAGUUCCAUUCUUUUCUUAUUCUUAUGGUGCAAAGCUUUGUCAUGGGUCUUCCUUUUGCAUAAAAGAUGCGACGUCUUCAAGUGUCCAGGCUUAAUUUUCCCUUCAUCUUCGGUACAAUUCAGAAAAGCUUUCGUUUGGCUGUGGUCGGUCGGUGUUUGUGGAUGUUUAUAGUUAGUGGAAUUGAAGGAUCUUCCGUUACUUUACUCUCUUCAAAUCUCCUUUCCCCUCCAUGUUCGCUCUAGUCUUUUCUUCACGGUGCCUGUCAGGGCUUGGUCGGUUCUGUGGGGUGUGAUCUGCCACCUGAUUGUUGCAACAUAUGCGCUUGAUUAUCGCAAACUUUCCCUUUUGAUCAGGAUAUGGGCUAUCAGAAGUCCAUAUAGGCUAUGAUGAAGCAAUACCCUAGCAUCCUUUGCCCUGAGACCAGAAGUAAGAUGCUCAGAUUUAUGAUAUCA